AUGGCCCGCACCCAAAAGAACAAGGCCACAUCCUAUCAUUUGGGCUUGCUCAAGGCCAAGCUGGCCAAGCUGAGGCGUGAGCUGCUGAUGCCUUCUGGCGGCGGCGGCGGCGGCCCCGGUGUUGGCUUCGACGUCCAAAAGACCGGUGUUGCCCGCGUGGGUUUUGUCGGAUUCCCGUCUGUUGGCAAAUCGACGCUCAUGAGCAAGCUCACAGGGACGCACUCUGAAGUCGGUCAGUAUGCCUUCUGCGUUGGACGUGCUGGCACUCUCCCCGGCAAUGUUGGUAUCCAGGCUAACUUCGGCCCAGCCGAGACUCGAGUGCAGUCUGCGUGGGAGUUCACCACCCUGACCACCGUGCCCGGUGUGAUCCACUACAAGGGCGCCAAGAUCCAGAUUCUGGAUCUGCCUGGUAUCAUCGAAGGCGCCAAGGACGGCAAAGGUCGAGGUCGACAGGUCAUCGCAGUCGCCCGCACCUGCUCGCUCAUCUUCCUCGUUUUGGAUGUGUUGAAGCCUCUGGGACACAAGCGGGUCAUCGAGAAGGAGCUGGAGGGAUUCGGCAUCAGACUGAACCGGGAACCUCCCGCCAUCACCUUCCGAAAGAAGGACAAGGGUGGCAUCAACAUCACCUCGAUCGUCCCCUUGACCAACCUCGACAACGAUGCCGUCAAGGCGAUUCUCUCCGAGUACAAGAUCCACAACGCGGACAUCAGCUUCAAAUGCGACGCCACAGUGGACGAUCUGAUUGAUGUCAUCGAAGGCAACCGUCUCUACAUCCCUGCCAUCUAUGUCCUCAACAAGAUCGAUCAGAUCUCAGUCGAGGAACUCGACAUCAUCUACAAGAUCCCCAACUCGAUCCCCAUCAGUGCCCACCACGAGUGGAACUUUGACGAUCUCUUGGCCUUGAUGUGGGAGAAGCUGAAUCUCUGCCGGAUCUACACCAAACCCAAGGGCCAGCUGCCGGAUUACAGCUCCCCAGUCAUUCUACGACAGCAGGGUCUGACGGUUGAGGAUUUCUGUAACGCAAUUCACAAGCAGCUCAUCCGCGACUUCAAGCACGCUCUGGUCUGGGGCUCCUCAGUCAAGUUCAAUCCCCAGAAAGUCGGCAAAGAUCACGUCCUGGCUGACGAGGAUGUCGUUCAGAUUGUGAAGAAGAUUUAAUCGUCAAUGUGUCUCUGCCAAAUGACCGCACCAUAACUUGUAUCGCCUCUUGUUGUUUCGCCAGAAGAUGGAAGCGGACUGUGGAUUGAAUAAACCACCGGCUGAUCGUGCAGCACUGAU